AAAAAAAAGGAGAGAGCAAGCGGGGUCGAGAGGUGAAGAGAAGUGACUUAUAAAAGCCGGUUUGUGCUCGGGAGCAGACCGUGGCAGUGGACAGGUGCUCCAGCAGGAUCAUCAGCAGUGCUUUAGUGAGGAUGCAUAUCUCAGUGACUUUGUGUACGUUCCUCUCGCUCCUCUUUUCUGCUCAUGCAGAUGUUGUGGAACGUUUUGAGGAUGAACCAGAAUGCAUGAAGUACUUCUACAAAGACAAGGUGCCUGAGUGGGGGGCUUCUACACCUGGUGCUGCCCGUCUCUGUCAGCGCUUUGUCAACAGGUACCACUUUGCCACACUGUACGACACAAACCAUCGUAUCGCUGUCUACUCCGCUUAUCAAUUCCAGCCCAGUAAUGGAGGAGGCCGAGAGAGACGCUGGUUUGUGGAGCCUCAGCUGGUUAACAUUUCAUGGCAAGCAGAGAUGAAGGAUGGCUACUGGCUGGGUAAAGACCACCCUGGGGUCUACCUAGGAGAGAAACAGGCUCUGGAUGAGGACUACAAACACUCUGGCUUUGAUCGUGGUCACCUCAACCCCAACGGACACCAUGCAGUCCCAAGCCGAAAUGCCACUUUCACACUGACCAACGUGGUUCCUCAGAACCCAAAGCUGAACCAGAACUCCUGGAGGAUCCAUGAGACCCAGCUCACCGACCUCUUCAAGGAAAACUGCUCCAAGGCCUACGUGCUGGUUGGUGCCAUUCCCUCAGCAGACACCUGGAUCAUCAAAAACAAUGUGAAGCGGGUCAACAUCCCCGACUACCUGUGGAAUGCCUACUGCUGUGUGGACAACAACGACAGACCCGUUCAGAGCGGAGCUGCGACAGCCAGGAACACGGAGGAGAACAAGGUGGAGACGCUCACUUUGGAGGGAGUGGGACAAUUCCUCCAGCAGUUCUCCAAUCAACCAGUAGGGGAGCUGUUUGACAACAACUGCAAGGCACAAACAGAUAAUAAAAAGAUGUGAAGAUGAAGAACUCA